ACUGGCAGAGAAUAUAAAGAAUGUUUAGACAUUAAGAAAAAAAGAACAAAAUCUUUAAAAAGCUGAUCAAAAACUCAAACUAACAACUGUAUUUUACCUUUUGGCAUGUUGAAUUUCCAGUCUGUUCACCAGGUUGCAAGAAACACCUCUGGUUAUCUGUCAUGAGGCAAAGCAGGAUCAAAUGAAAGUAAAGUGAUCAAAUGAAAGUAAAAGCUAGCUAUGUACAAAUGAAAAAAAAAAAAAAAAAAAAAAAGAGUGGCGUCAAAAAAUUCUGGUACUAAUAGGGUCACACACAAAAAAGUUUCAGUGGCUGUGAAGAGAAACUGUUGCUGAAGGAAAUGAACUGUUCAAAGUGCCUAUGUUGUCUCCGCUCUUCUAUUCCGCGAGGCCCACGGCUUCGCAUAGUAUUGAUUGGGAAGACUGGAGUGGGAAAAAGUGCUGUGGGAAACACUAUCCUUUGCAGAAAGGUUUUUGAAUCAAGCCCUUGUGCAAACUCUGUCACUUUGCAGUGCAAAAAAGCAAUGGUCUGUGACCAAAGAGAGAUUUAUGUGAUUGACACACCUGGAAUCUUAGAUACCAGCAAAUCAAAAGACCUCAUCAAAAGAGAAAUAGUGAGAUGUAUACAGGUCUCAGCACCAGGUCCUCACGCGUUCCUGCUGGUUAUACAAAUUGGCCGUUUCACUAUUGAGGAGCAAAGAUCAGUCCAGGCCCUGCAAGAGCUCUUUGGAGAAGAAGCUUCAAAAUACAUGAUAGUGGUCUUCACUCAUGGAGAUGCACUCAGAGGUCAAACAGUUGAAGACUAUGUGAAAACCGGCCAUGCAGAACUCCGUAGAGUGAUCCAGAGUUGUGGUAGUAGAUAUGUUGUUUUUGAUAACUCUGACAUCAAGAAUCGAGUCCAAGUGAGGAGAUUAAUUAAGAAGAUUGAUGAAAUGGUGGCAGCAAAUGGGGGAGAAUGCUUCACUCAGGAAAUGUUUAUAGAAGCAGAACAAAAGAUUCAGCAACAGAAAGUGGAGAGAGCGGUAGCAGAGCUUCUAGAAUAUCAGUUUAGCUUUCUUGGGAGUCUUGACAACAGAGUUGCUUUGUUCCAACAAGUAUUGAUGGAGGGCCUUCAUGAACAGGCCGCUCUUGAUAGCGACACUUAUGGUUAUAAAAUAAACUAAAACAAGACAUCUUAGGAAGAUGUGUAAUAUGAAAACUACUUCUGAACAUAAACACAACUCAUUUAUGUGAUGUUACACAGUGGUGGAAUAUGAUGUUAUUUUAAUUUGACUGUGCAGCACAUAGCAGCAUGAAUAAUUAUACAUGGAAUCUUGUUUCUCUAAUAUGAAGGCACUGUAUUCUGUAGCUCUUUUUUUAGUUUCUGAAUUGUUUUCAGAGACUUUAACUGAACUAACGCAUUCAGUCAUGAUAUGUUUAAACUACUAAAUGUGAUGUUGGGACUGAUUGCAUCUGAAGACCUUUGAUUUAUGCAUAAAUACUAAGAUUUUGGUUUAACCAGAUACAACAGAUAUUAACAGUCAAUCCAAUUCAGGCAGGGAAUCUACUAGAAAGUGUAUAGUGAUACAUAAGAUUACCCGUUAAUUAAAUGCCUGAUAUACUGUAAUUAUAAUAUUUUUAGAUUUUAUAAAAAAAAAAAUAGUCUUUACUACUGUAGACAUAAAUGAAUCACUGUCUUUACCAUUCUUUCUUGUUGAAGAUUACAUUUCUUCAGAGUACUCUGUAUAACAAUAGUUUUUCCAUUGUAUUUUAAGGUAUGCUAAGAAGCAGUCAUCCUCUGUAUAUAAAUGUAAAAUGUUUAUACUGUGAAAGCAAGAACUGUGGAUGUUUUUAAAUGUAAUGUGUUUGCACAUCCCUUUUUGACCAUUAAAAAUAAAUCACAGAUUUAAAAAAGAAA